GUAUGCUAUAUGUCGAAUUCAGCUAAAAAAUAAGGCACCAAAUAUUAAUGCAUAAACCGUCGAUGGGGAAGCGUCCGAGAACCGAAGACCAAGAAGAAGAACCAGACCGCCGUAAAACCCACGAGCGAGCUCUGUUCCAGUGCGCCCGCCUCAUCCUCCCACUCCUCCACCCGCCCGACCUUGCCGCCACCUCAUCCACCUGCAAAACCCUCCACCGCAUCGCCGAAUCCGUCACCGCCGGCAGAACCUCCGACGCCUCCGGAGGCCUCGAGAAGCUCCCGAUCCCCUUCGCCAACGCCGUCGACGGCCAGCCCUACGCCUACUUCGCGUACACCCCGACCCAGACCCUGGGCCCCGGCCAGCGCCGGACCCGACCCGUCUUCGAUGCGCACGGGUGCGAGUGCGAGAGGUGUGACGGGGAAGCGGGGUGCCCUUGCGGCGGGGAUUAUUCGGACUCGGGCGAGUUGGCUCGCGAGUGCGGGCCGAGUUGCCGGUGCGGGGUGGAGUGUGGGCAUCGGGUGACUCAGGGAGGGGUUUCGGUGCGGCUGAGGGUUGUGAAGGAUGAGAGGAAAGGUUGGGGCUUGCGCGCCGGUCAGCUCAUUCGGCGCGGUCAAUUUGUGUGUGAAUAUGCUGGCGAACUUUUGACAACCAAAGAAACAAGAAGGCGACAACAAAUAUAUGACCAACUUACAUCUGGUGGUCGGUUUUGUUCUGCUCUUUUGGUUGUGAGGGAGCAUCUUCCAUCGGGGAAAGCUUGUAUGCGGAUUAAUAUUGAUGCCACGAGGAUUGGAAAUGUUGCACGUUUCAUUAACCAUUCUUGCGAUGGUGGGAAUCUGUCAACAGUCUUGAUGAGAAGCUCAGGAGCUUUGUUACCUCGCCUAUGUUUCUUUGCUUCCAGAGAUAUCCAAGAAGAUGAAGAGAUCACUUUUAGUUAUGGGGAGAUUCGGCUAAAGUCAAAAGGGUUGCAGUGUUUCUGUGGCAGUUCUAGUUGUUUUGGAGUACUGCCUUCAGAAAGUACUUGAAUUUCGAGGUGGUUGUUUAGGAAUUCUUCCUUGGGUCUCCAUUUGUUGUGGGAGUCCUAUAAUCUGGUUCAAACAUUCUCUAUUUGGCCUUUGAUCAUGGUUUUGUUUGUGAAAUGAUGAUGCUACAAAUCAUGAGGAAGAUCGUCCCUAAUGUGACUGGGGUUUGUGAUCUAUUGGCGUGGGAAGAAGAUGUUGGAGGUAUCUUAGGGGUAGCAAGGAAGAGCUUUCUUGGAAGUUUGAGAAGGGGCAACAAAUUGUUGGAGGGUUGGACCAAUUAAGAGAAGGGAGGUUAGCUUCUAGUUUAGAUCUAUUAAUACGGGGGAAUGGAGUCAAGUCAUCAACAAAGAAGUGUGAGGGUGCGCAAUGUCGAAUCUGACAUUGCUGUAGCUUAAGAGGCCUUUGUAAAGGAUGGGCUGUCUCAUUUUCACUCCAUUAGGGUGGUGCAGACUGGUAUGGAUUCGAAUGGGUUCGGGAGGGGCAGUUGCAUGGUGGCUUAAGUGGUAGCCUAACUUUAGCCUUUUCCAACCCGUGAUGGGAAGAACUCGCCCAAUGGCACCUAAAGAAGGCUUUUAUGUAAUGCCCCAAGUUAACUACUUGCUUGAGUUUAACAGAACGACCCAAAAUCCUUAAAUUCUCCAUUAUGCAACGUAAGCUUAUUCAAAGGAGCUUAAAAAGUUAUCAAGCUUUUAAGUGUAGUCAAUUCAUCUGUGCUAUGGGGUCUCUUUCCCUUUAAGCUGAUACUCUGGAUAAAUGGAUCCGCGCCUACAUCAUUAAGAGACAAUGCUUGUGGUCUAUGUUUGUUCCUGAAUGUGCGUCAUGGACCAUUACAAAAAUUUUCAAGCUCGGGCCUUUACUUCUGCCAUGGAUCACUUAUGUGGUGGGAAAUGGACUUAAAACCUUCUUGAGGUUGUUACAACUGGCAUCCUCUUGAUCAAUUACAUAACAAGUUUGGAGCAAGAGUGGUCUACCACUUGGGGAGAAAUCUUAAUGCUAAAGUUGGUUGGAAAUGGUAUGGCCUAGAAGAAGGAAUUUUGUUACGCAGGAGAUCAUGGACAGUACACCUGGGUCUUUGCUGCCUAAUGCAUCUCAGGAAGACAUAUAGUGGUUUGGAACCUUACUGCUACUGGGAAAUAUUCUGUUAAUUCUGCUUGGCAUGCACAUAGAAGCACGUGCAAGACCCCUAGUUACAUGGUACAAGGCUGUAUGGUAUAAACACUCGGUGCCAACGAGGUCAAUAAUCCUAUGUUUGGGCAUUCUUGGUAGGUUUUUUUGCCGUGGAUAGAUUGCAAAUAUGGGGGAUGUUACUCGAUGAUCAGUGUCUUGUGUAAUACAGCAGGGGAAACCCUCGACCAUGUUUCUUUCAUUACCCUUUUUGAUCCUCUCAGAUUUGGGGAUAAAUGCAAGGAAGACAUGGGGCCUGUCCGGCUUGUACAACUAUAUCACAGUUACUGGACUGGGCGGUGCAGAACAAGGGAGGCUUAAAAUUUUCUGCAUCUACUGCACGGACUCUCCUUGGCUGCAUCUUUGUAUCAUGUUGGGAGGGGAAGGAAUAGAAGAAUAUUGUGAGGACACUCGAGUGCUGGUGUUCUUCAGGUGCAUUCCAGGAUCAUGACUGACCGAAUUAGAGCCUGCAUUAGCUCGUGGAGGAGAGUAUAGAAGACUGAUAGUAACAUGAUGCUAUGCCUAGAAUGGAACAUAUCAGCUAGAGUUUUUUGAUUUAGCCUAAUCUGCAGGGUCUAGCUUGUUUUGUUAAUCUGGUGUGUUGGCUAAGAUUUGGUUGCUCCUGGUUAUAGGGGUAGAUUGAUGGUCUAGGUCGGUCUGAUUGUUGCUACUUCUGGUGAAUGCCGCUGUGCUUUUGUAGCUUGUUUGGUUAAUACAAAAUUACAAGUUACCGAAGCGAAGUGUAUUCAAUUCUGAUUUGGUUAACAUAAUAAGCCAAGCUCAAGGAGCAACACGCAUUUUUGUUGAGUAUGAUGAGACAAGGAGUAACCCACGUGGUACUCCCAAGGUUUUAAAUAUCGGUUGUUUCGUAUUGUAUUGGGAUUUUUCGAUACCAUUACAUCUCGAUAUCCCGGUUAGAUGAAAAAUCGCAUGCGAAUAA